AUGGUUUCGGAAACACCAAACCCUUCAAUGCUUACCACGGAUGAAGUACACAUUACUCGACCGUCUAGAGGAUCUCCUUGUCAAGCAACUGAGAACAACGACCCGAGCAAUAUACGAACAAUACAGCCUGAGUCUCAGCACGAUCCAGAAUUUGAAUAUGUCCCGAGAUUAGAAUUGGAAAACUGGAAAUCCAAAUGCGAAGCUCUAAAUGGACUUGCGCAAAAGCUUCAAGAAGAUCUUGAGGAGGCACACAGUCUCAUUUUUAGUCUUCAGCCGUCUCAACCACCAAUGACUGAUACAGAAGCGGCAAGAGAAUUUAAAACGCUUUUAACGUCAGUCGAACAAUGGGUUGACACAAAAAUAUCCCUAUCGUCGAACCGUUCGUGGUCUGUUGUUGAGCAAAAGGGAGCAACGAUGCUGCUUGAUCUUAUCACCGCGCAAGGUAGAUCCGCAUUUAUUUACCCUGGUACAGACGAGUACAACAUCGUCGCCGUGAUUAUGCGUUUUCUCUAUGACCAAUUUUUCUCGAUGGAUUUCUACGGACCUCUCUCUGGAGCGUACAAGUCAUUUUUAUCACGCAUUGAACAUAACAUGAGUCAAUUAGACCCCCCACGAGACCUUAGGACCCGUCGUACGUGGCAUAGCGAGACCUUCACGGCAAUUGCAAAGGGUCCCGGAUUCAGAGAUAGAGUCGAAACGAUGAAUCGGAAACUCGCAAACGACUUGUUUAGUAUACUACAAGUUUUCAUUACUUCGACAAGCCAUACACAGGACAUAAUUGAUGGCCUAUACGAAAAUAUCAUCAAGCGUGCAUACACUCUUGCAUUCAAGAUGCAUCUCUCUGUUGAUGAAUAUGAUAUCCAGUGGUCCGACUUUUAUCACUCGCAGCCGAAUGCCAAUAUUGUGAUCAAAAAUAUAGAUGACUUUGAGCUACUUGAUCUACAGCGCGGGCGAACGGUCAGUGCCCGUCCACCUCAGGUCCGUAUCCAGUGGUUGUUCGAUGUCACACCCAAGUUAUCAGUCCGAAAAGUCCUUCCAAACUCUCAUGCGAAACCAAAACUCUUAGUUAAGCCCCGCAUCCUGGUUAUUGUUAAAGAAAAUGCCGGGAGCGAGAAGAACGAGAUUGAUGAUUCUCAUAGUGGCCAGUAUCGAACGGUCCUUGAAAUGCUCGACAAAGCUAAUCGUCCUAGAAAAUUAAAAAGAGUCGGUUUAGAUCGAUUAAUUCGAAGAUAA